AUGUUUGUGAAUCGCCAAAUAGUAAACAUAUGGUAUGUCCCAGGAACAAAGAAGCUAAGUAAACCUGAUGAUGUAUUGUCAGCUGCAGAGAGAUAUAUUGAACAAAAUGGGCCAGAAGCAUUUGAGAAGCUCAUCAACAAGGUUCUUGGUGAACCCACCUUCAUGAAACCCUUUGCUGCGGCUCUUGUUCAAUCUAUGGAAAAGAAUCUAAAGGUUACAAGCCCCCUUACAAGCUUCAAGCUUCUCAGAUGGUCACACUAUCUUUUGAAAUGGAGCCAGUUUGCCACACUUUCAAAAGGUGCCUUCUCUAGAUUGGCCAAUGCACAGGCAGUCUUAUGUCAAGUUCUUAUGGAUGGGUCCUUUCGUCGGCGCCGCACUUGCAAACAGUUAUUCAUUCAACUUUUCUCUGAGCCUAUUGGAAUAUAUAAGAUGUACAUAGAGGAGGUCAGAGAUUUGAGGAUUUCAUUGAGGGAUUCUCCUUCAUUCUUAAAUCUAAUACUGGAUUUCACCAUUACAUCACCAUCAUUAUCCGCUGAGUACAAGCCAGUGUUCCUUGAUUUGUAUGUCAAAACCAUCUUGUAUCACCACGGCACGAUGGCCGGCAUCACAAAGAAGAGCGGGGCAUCAUACGGCCGGCCGGAGAACUGA